AAUCUCGACCGUUCAAUUCCUAUCACCGGAUGGUUCCCACUUGAAUACACGUGUUGUCUAUCUUUUUUUUUUUUGCCCUCCUAAUCUCUUUGCUUACAUGCAUGGAAUUCUCCUCCAAAUACAAUACAAAAACAAAGGGUAUACACAGAGAGAGGAAAUGACAGUCAUGGGUUUAUUUCUUCUUUGUUCUUCUUCUUAUAAGCCUGCUCAUCGCCUUCAUUAGCGACCCAUCGCCUUUAAAAGUUCGAUUUUUCAGAUUCAGAAGGAUUUUGUUUUUGGUUUCAUUGGAAUAACGUGUUUGGGAUGAGAGAAAAAUGAGAUUUUAAGGAUUGUUUUUUUUUCUGUGGGUCGGAUCUCUUUUGUUGUACUUGAAACGGAGAACUGUCACAUCUCAGCUGCUAAUUCUCGUUUUGAUCAUCAUCAUCUUCUCCACUGAAACCAAACAAGCAACUUUGCGAUCUGUUUUCCUUUUUCUUCUUUUCCUCUGCUCCUUGAUCUUAAAUUUGAUUCUUUGUUCAUGGCGACAACAAAGAUCGUUGAAAAAAAUGCAAUCUUUUUGAAGAUUUGAGAUAAGGAAUGCGUCACUGUUUACUGGGUAUUUUCAGUUUCCCAGUGAUCAUUCUCUAAUGGAACAAAAUCAAGGGAAGAAGUUUGUUUGCAAGUAUUGCAACAAAGGCUACCCUAGCGGUAAGUCCUUAGGGGGUCACAUAAGGACUCAUAUGAACAAUGAGAAUCGUGCUGAAGCAGAGGGAAGAGCUGAAAUCUCCAUAAACAAGUUUGUUUCCACCACUAAUGCAACUUAUGAUCUGAGGGGAAACCUCAAGAAAAGCAAGAGAUUUUCUGAUGAAUCAGGCAAUGGCACUUUGCUCAGAGAGAUGAUUUGCAAAGAAUGUGGUAAGGGUUUCCAGUCAAUGAAAGCACUCUGUGGUCACAUGGCUUAUCACUCUGAGAAAGAAAGGAUCUUCCAGAGAUUUGAGGAUCAUUGGGAUAAUCAAUCAGACACUGAAACAUCAACAAGUAGGAGGAGGAGAUCUAAAAGAAUAAGGUGCAAAACUUCUAUCAGUUCAGUUUCUAUACCAAACGGUUCAUCAUCUGUGUCUGGGAUUGAAGAUCAGCAAGAGCAAGAAGAGGUUGCUGUGUGUUUGAUGAUGCUUUCAAGGGAUUCUUCUGGUUGUAACAAAGGGUUGAACUCAGUUGCAGAUUCUUCAGAUAACAACUCAGUUAUUUUGGAGGCUAAAUCAUCUAUUAAGAAACAAAGGGAAACCAAGCUGAAAUCUGGUGAGUCUGGACCCAAGAAAGUGAAGUCUAGAUCUGGAGCUGAAGAUGUGAAUAAAUUCAAAUGUUCAUCAAAUGGCAAUUCUGAGAAGAAGUUAGGGUCAAAGAGGAAGAAAGGGCAUGAGUGCCCUUUCUGUUUCAGGGUUUUCAAGUCAGGCCAAGCUUUGGGAGGUCACAAAAGGUCACAUUUUGUUGGAGAUCCAGAGGACACAACAUUGGUCAUCAAACAAGACUCACCAGAGAUGCCAUUUCCAGCUCUAAUUGACCUUAACCUUCCAUCUCAUGGUGAAGAUGAUGCAAUUUGCAGUGUAUAAAACGAACAAAUUUUACUUCUUUUUUUUAUCCUUCAGCUAUAAGGUACAUUUCAUGCCCCUCAUCAUUCUUAAUGCUCUCCUUUUGUCGCUAACAAAGGUAAGUUUGUCUGCAAGCUUAU